UGCAAGACUAGGGCCAAAAUAAAAAUGAAAAGCAUGUAGGCCUUAGAAAGCCCGUUUCUGUAAUGUGUUAAAAACCUAAUCGCGAAGAAGAAGAAGAAGCUCAUGACACAAAACACACCACUGAGAAUGGAAGAAGAAGAAGAAGAAGAAGACGAGAAAGCCGUGUUAGAACAAGUCUUCGGACCCUCAUCAUCAUCAGAAGAAGAAGAAGAAGAGAAGUUGAAGUGGGUGGCAAUAGAGCAAGUUAAGGGUCUAUGGAUAUGCACCAACUUCCUCUCUCACCGCCACCAAACCCACCUUCUCUCCGCCAUCAACUCCCACAACUGGUUCUCUCCAACUACCAACAACAACCAAGCCAUGCUCUUCGGCCACCUCCCUCCCUGGGCCCACCACCUCUCCCACCUCAUCCGCACCUCAUCUGCCUCCAUUCUCCCUCACCCUCUUCUCUCCAGAGAACCCUUCUUCGACCAGAUGAUCGUCAACAUGUACCUUCCCGGACAAGGUAUCUGCCCCCACGUUGACCUCUUGCGCUUCCAAGACGCCAUCGCCAUCCUCUCUCUCGAAUCUUCCUGCGUCAUGCACUUCACUCCCCUUCACUCCGAUUCGCUUCAAGUUCCCGUCUUGCUCACGCCGGGCUCCUUGGUUCUCAUGUCAGGGGAAGCCAGGUACCAAUGGAAGCACCAGAUUAAUCGCAACCCUGGAUUUCAGCUCUGGCAAGGAAAUGAAUUGGAACAAUCCAGAAGAAUCUCCAUUACUCUCAGGAAACUCUGCCCUGAUCCAUGAACUGAUUCGAAUCCAACCAAUCCAAAUCAAACCGAUCUGUUAUUUUAGUUUUGUAUUGAGCUUUUGAAAGGGAAAAAAAAAAAAGAUUGGAUUUUUAUUCA